AUGGCAGAAAAUACAUUAACAUCAAUUCCAAAAUAUUUGGAACAAUCACUUUCACCCCAAUAUGCAAAAGAAGCUGAAAAGUUAUUAAGAUCAAUUGAAUCACAACCAGGAUUCUCAAUAAAUCUACUUCAUGUAAUCGCUUCCACGAAUUUAUCCCAAUCGGUUAGAUUGGCCGGUGCAUUAUUUUUCAAGAACUUAAUUAAAAGAAAAUGGGUUGAUGAAGAAGGUAGUUAUUUAUUACCUAUUGAAGAUGUUAAUAAGAUCAAAGUGGAAAUUCUUGAUGUUAUGAUUGAAUUACCUAAUCAAUUACAAGUUCAAAUUGGUGAAGCAAUUACUUUGAUUGCUGAAUGUGAUUUCCCUCAUAAUUGGCCAAAUUUAAUUGAUAAUUUAGUUGGAAAACUUUCAUUAACUGAUUUUGUUAAUAAUAAAGCAAUUUUAUUAGUUUCACAUUCUAUCUUUAAGAAAUGGCGUCCAUUAUUUCGAUCUGAUGAAUUGUUUUUAGAAAUUAAAUUGGUAUUAGAGAAAUUUGUUGAUCCAUUUUUGAAAUUGUUUGUUGAAUUAGAUUCAUUAAUUGAUAAAAAUAAUGAUAAUCAAGCAUUAUUAAAUAUUUAUUUUGAUAAUUUGUUAUUAUUAAUUCAAAUAUAUUAUGAUUUUAAUUGUCAAGAUAUCCCUGAGUUUUUUGAAGAUCAUAUGAAUGAAUUAAUGACUAUUAUUCAUAAAUAUUUAGUCUAUACCAAUCCAUUAUUAAGAAAGGAUGAUGAAGAUGAUGAAAUUGAAGUAUUAAUUAAAGUUAAAACCGCUACUAUAGAAUUGGUUUUACUUUAUGUCACAAGAUAUGCCGAUGUUUUUGAACCAUUGAUUCAAACUUUUAUAACUUCCAUUUGGGAAUUAGUCAAUACUUAUAUUACCAAGCAACCAAAAUAUGAUUUAUUAGUUGUUAAAGCAUUACAAUUCUUAACAUCAAUUAUUAAAAUUCCAAACUAUCAAGAUUUAUUCCAAAAUGAAAAUUCAAUAAAUGAAAUCAUUGAAAAAAUUAUAUUACCAAAUAUUUAUUUCCGAGAAAUCGAUGAAGAAGCCUUUGAAGAUGAACCAAUUAAUUAUGUUAGAUCAGAUUUGGAAGGAUCAGAUUUUGAUUCAAGAAGAAAAAGUGCUACUGAUUUCUUAAGAGAAUUAAAAGAAUUGAAUAGUGAAUUAUUAACUAAUUCCGUUAUGAAAUAUGUUAACCAAUUCUUAUCAAUGUCACAACAAGAUUGGAAAAAUAAAGAUACGGCAAUAUAUUUAUUUAGUUCAUUAGCUACAAAGGGGUCAGUUACAAAUAUUGGAGUCACUUCCACCAAUGUAUUAGUUGAUGUUGUUAAGUUUUUCACUGAUAAUAUUGCUAAUGAUUUAGUAUCUCCAUCCACUCAUCCUAUUUUACAAGUUGAUGCUAUCAAGUACAUUUUUGUAUUUAGAAAUCAAUUAACCAAAGAGCAACUUAUUACCACAAUACCAUUAUUAAUAAAUCAUUUGAGUCCUCAAGCCAAUCCAGUCUCAGUUCUAGUAUUAGGUCUUUUCAACAAGCAUGAUAUUGAACCAUAUCUUACUGAGUUAUUAACCAAUUUAUUCAAUCUUAUUUUAAUUAAUAAUUCAUCCCCAGAAAAAUUGGCAGAAAAUGAAUUCUUAAUUAAAUGUUUAAUGAGGAUUUUAUAUACAGCUGAAGAUUCUUUGAUCACAAGAUUACCAAUUAUUGAGCAAUUAUUACAGAUUUUAAGAGUAACUGCUAAAAACCCUUCCAACCCCAAAUUUUCUCAUUAUGUAUUUGAAUCAUUAGGAUUAUUAAUUAAAUUCGGAUUAUCAAAUAUCAAAGAAUAUAUUGAAUUAAUUAUCCCAGCAUUAUUAGAAAUUUUGGGUGAGGAUGUUCAAGAAUUCGUUCCAUAUACUUUCCAAAUCUUGGCAUUCUUAUUGGAAAAUUAUCCAAGAUCAAAUGGAUUACCUGAUACUUAUAGAAAUUUGAUUCCACCAUUACUUUCAACUUCAGUUUGGGCAUUUAGAGGGAAUAUUCCUGGGAUUACUAGAUUAUUGAUUGCUAUUUUGGAACAUGAUCCUUCAACUUUCAUAGCUAGUCAAGAUAGUUUGACUCCUUUAUUGGGAGUUUUCCAAAAAUUAAUUGCAUCUAAGGUUAAUGAUGCCUAUGGAUUUGAUUUAUUACAAUCUAUUUUGUUGAAUAUUCCAUUUACUGCAUUACAACCACAUAUUAGAACAAUUGGUCAAUUAUUAUUGAGAAGAUUACAAGAUUCAAGAACGGAUAAAUUUGUAAAACGAUUAGUUGUAUUUUUGAAUACAUUGGCUACUAUUUCAUUAAAUUCAAGUGGAGAAACAUUUAUAAAUUCAGAAUCUUUGAAUGGAGAUUUCCCAAUUAAUUUAAUUGAUUCUGUUCAACAAGGAGUUUUCCAACAGAUUUAUAAAUCUUUUAUAUUACCAAUUUCAGGAACUUUAUCGAAUUUACAAGAUAAGAAAAUUGUAAAUGUUGGAUUAUCCCAAUUACUUAUUUCACAAUCUUUCAGUUCAAAUUAUCAAAUGUUGAUUGUUCCUACUAUUGAGCAAUUAGCCCAAAACUUGGAUUCUUAUGAAGGAAUAAAUAAAGCACUCACUGGAUCAAGUGCCGGAGCAGCAGUUCCACAUGCGGGUGGUCCGGCAGCUCCAAUCAAUGAAUUAGAUUUGGAUUUAUCUGCAUUCGGAUCCCAUUUCUCCAAGAUUGUAUCCAUUAGUAAUGUUUCAUUUGAUCCUGUGUCAAGUAUUAAGAGUAAUGAUUUUGAAUCGAUCAAAUUGGCAAUUUUUACAAAUAUCAAACAUAUCCCCGUUGAAUAUUUAAACCAAUUAAGUCGGGAAUCUCAAUCUAUUUUAAAGAAGUUGGGAUUAUAA